AUGCGGUCAAAUGGGGUGGCUUUUGAAACGGCAGAAAGUAUUCACCAGGGGGCAGUAGAGUACUUCACUUCUAUUUUUCAUGGGGAGCCACCUGCAGAGCAGCCUAGUCUUGAAGAUUUUAUUGCGCCGGUCAUUUCAGAGGAGGAAAAUACCUCCCUCAUUCGUCUGCCCACUAUAGAGGAAGUUUUUGAGGCUGUGUCUUCUAUUCCAUCUCAGAGUUCACCGGGCCCAGAUGGAUUUGGGUCGGGCUUUUAUACAUCUUAUUGGGAGAUUGUUAAAGAUGACGUGUGGAGGGCAGUGAAGGAAUUCUUUGUGUCAAAGCAUCUUCCCAAGUAUUUUACGGCUUCAUAUUUGGUUUUAAUACCAAAGGUGGAGUCGGCUACAGGUUUAUUGCCUCGCCUGAUUUCUCUGGAGCAAGGUGCUUUUAUUCCUGGAAGAAGCAUCUUUGAGAACAUUAGCCUCACUCAGGAAAUGGUUCACUCCAUUAAUAGAAGAAUUCAUGGGGGUAAUAUUAUGCUGAAAGUUGAUAUGGCAAAAGCCUAUGAUCGUGUGGACUGUGCAUUUCUAAUCAAAUUAAGGGCUUCUUUCCGGGAGGCUGAGGUCUUUGUCAAGGCCCGUGGUACACCUAUUGUUUCUCAUUUGAUGUAUGCUGAUGAUGUCAUGAUUUUUUCCAAUGGUAGCCAGAGAUCAGUUAGAGUCCUUCAGCAAAUUCUGAGCCAAUAUGAGAGGUGGUCGGGACAGGUUCACUUAGAAGAUAUGAUGAAUAAAGUGAGGCAAAAAAUUAGUGGUUGGAAAAUGAGGCUUCUAUCUUCUGGUGGAAAGCUCAUUUUGUUACGACAUGUUAUUUCUAGCAUGGCGAUUCACCUAUUGGCUGUUUUACAGGUUCCUCAAGUUACCAUAUCCAAGAUCCACCAAUUGAUGAGCUCUUUCUUUUGGGGAGAAUCAGAUGGGCGGGAUAAAAGAAAAUGGGUGGAAUGGAGAUAUAUUUGCAAUCCGGUGGAAGAAGGGGGGCUUGGUUUGCGGGCCCUUCAAGACUGUCAGAAAGCUUUGCAUAUGCGGUUUGCGUGGAAUCUUAUUCAAGGUAAUUCUUUAUGGGCCAACUUUUUCAAAGCAAAAUAUGUGGGCACAACACCUUGGUGCUUAGUUCAAGCCCCAAAAGGGUCUAGGUUUUGGAGAAUGGUUGCAAACUGUAUACCGUUGUUGUUGAAUAAUUUGAAGUGGAAGAUUAGAGAAGGUGAUAUUUAUUUCUGGUAUGAUAAAUGGAGGGAGAAUGGCCCACUUAUAAAUGAUAUGUCCCCUGUUGGCUCACCUUUGCUUAAAAUAAAAGAUUGUCGGUUAUCAGACAGUUGGGAUAUGGAUACGUUAGAAAAUUUAAUAGGGGGGGAGAAGGUGGAUGAGAUUUUAACUUCAUUAUCAAGGCCUAAUUUUGGAAAGGAUGUUCUGAUUUGGACUCCGAUGGAGUCAGGGCAUAUUGAAGAUUUGAAUCAUGUGUUAUUUGAGGGUGAUUUCCCUAAAAAAAUAUGGUCAUUUGUUGCCACUAUAUUUGGUAUUCCUAUUGGAAGUAGUUGGAAACAGAAUGCAGGGAUUUGGUUCAGGCGAGCUAAUGCAUCUACACAGAUGAUUAAACAGCCCAAACGGUUGUCUCAUCGAGAUGGUAUGAUCCUUGAGGCCUUGAAGAUAAAACCGGUUGACCCGAAGGUCCCUUCAUGCAGAGUAGUAAGGUGGACUAAGCCACCAUUGGGGUGGCAUAAAUUAAAUAUGGAUGGUAGCAGUUUUGGCAAUCCAGGUUCAUGUGGUAUUGGGGGGGUAAUUCGCAACGAGUCAGGACGACAUGUCCAGGCUUAUGCUUCAUAUAUUGGUUUUGGCUCUAAUAAUAAAGCAGAACUUAUGGCGCUUCUUCAAGGUUUGAGGAUUUGCAAAGCUUUAAAUAUCACUAAGGUGAUUGUUGAAAUGGAUUCACAAAAGGAGAACAAGACCCUCAAGGUGAAAAAGGGCCCAUCAAAGGAGGACACAACGCCCAUCCAAACUGACAAGGUUGAGAUAGAAGCAUAUAACGUUGGAGCUAGCCGACCUCCUCAAGAAAAUGAGGAAACGAGAAAGCUACACCAUGACCUACUCAGUUUGCUGGACAAAUACGAAGAGAUGGCCAAGCAAAUAGGGACGGCUUCUUCACUGUAUCAAUUGCUGGCUAGCACUAAUCUAUCGUACAAUGUAGAAAUCAUGGUAGUACCCCUGCCACCAAAUUCAAAGUCCUAG